UUUUGCGACACACACCCAUCACUAACAUACAGCAGCAACAGUUUUGGACUAAAUGCGGCGAUCAUUUUAUACAGUUAAACGAACAAACACCUGCCAUUUUGGGCGUCAUUUAAUCUGCACUCCACUUGUUUACAUGGCCAGUGAAUCCUGGCUGGAGUCUUCCCUGCGCCGUUCAUCUAAACUCGGGCAGGAAGUGUUGGAAAAGGCAAAAAGACGGUCUAGCAGCUCAAGACCAAGACCAUCACCCAUGUUCAAUCACUAUGAGAGGGGCUCAGAAAGAGAAAUUUCCCAUUCAAACUUGGACCAUGCUUUUGGUACAAUAGUGGAGUACAUGUCUGAAACUACGAGACAGUGCCAGAAGUUUUAUAAGACUGUUCACCUGGCUCAGCCCAGUGAGCGAGAACACAUCUGUCGCUACCAUUCACAGCAGAUGUUGAGGACUGCAGACCGAAAACAGAAUGCUACUGCAGCCAUCAAACGAGACAUUGGUUCAUCAGAACCAGAGGAUUUUCUUAUUGAAGUGCCUCCAGGAACCUAUUCCAUCACGGCAGCAAUGCAGGACACAAGGCCAGAGACGAAAACUGUCCACAUCAACGCAGGAGAAAGCAUGAGCCUUACAUUCAACCUCUGAACUUUGGGUGAAAAUGAAUGCCUUAAUUUAGGACUUGCACUAAAAUGUUAAAAUGCACUGACUUUUCUUGAUUUCUGCUUGAGUGUUCAUAAGUGUUAUUGCUAAUACUCAGGAAUAUUUAUUUAUUCAUUUUUAAAGUAAUCAUGAGUUUAUAUUGACGCACAGAAGCCAUAAUGAGAUUAAACAGCAAGACAAAAAUUUACAUUUAAUUUGUACUUUCUUUAUACGUCUUACAGAUGUUGCAUUUUAAUAAACUUUUGCAUGAUUUUACAU